UACAAGAUUGUUCGAGGUGAUAGCGAAAAGUGUACCGCCCCACCGUGUUCUCUGUGUGUACUCGUCCUCUUAUGUUUCUUAUCGUAAAGUUUCACUCCAAUAUUAGCCGGUUUUUAAUUUUAUCGCAAAUGACGUUCGUGUGUGAACGUGUUAUACAGAGUGCCUAUUUUCGUUCUGUUGCUAAAUAACUAAUUGCCAAACGGUUACGUGUACGUAAGUGCAAUUAAGUGAUCUACAGUAAUGUUUAUAUUAAAAUUGACGUCGCGUUAUCCCUAUUUCGACAAUAAUAAUUCAGUUUGGGUGUUUGAUUUAGUUACAUAGUGCCACUUUUGAUUACAGGAUUUUAGUAAUAGCUGCGCGUAGAGCAGACAUGUCACAUGAGCACGGCCGCUUCACUAAGAAACGUAAAAAAAAUGAGGUCGCAUCCAGGUACGCGGAUUGAAGAAAAAACUGUCCUUAUAUCAUGACCGGUGACGGUGCAGUGAUGAAACGUGUUGAAGCUUCGAAGUAUUCGGGCGAUACCAACAGUGAACAGUUUCUGAGAGGUCGUAAGCUUGGUAUUGAUAAUCGUGUACGUAAUGGUGUUAAAGACUUGAGUAGGAAAAAUAGUGUUGAAGUGAAAAACUCUAAACAUACGACCGCUGAUAUGGUUACACGGGUUUUGGAGGACGCACCCAAAAACGACAAAGUUAACAGGCGAAAGUCCGAUAAUAUGGAAGACACGAAGGCGUUGCACAGAAAAACUCGCGUGUUCAUAGAAAACGACCUUCCUGACGAUGUGGUGGAAAUGAGAGAGAGAAGAGAUUCGUUAUACUCCCUGGAGGAGCACGACGAGGAACGCGAUGAUAUUGUAGAUCCGAAGAAACAGAACGCGGACAAAUCCAAUACCCAACCUCCACCAAAGAAGAAUUCGAAAGCUUUGAUAGGAAACGUGUUCAGAAGGAAAUCAAAGAAGGAGGAUGUCGCGGAGAAACCGUUCAAAACUAAAAGUAAAGAGUCUGAGGUCGACGAGAAAGAGGAGAAACCUUCGCGACUAAAUCGUACUCCGUCAUUUCGCAAGAAGUUGUCGAAUUUUAUUAAUAAGGACGCGCCGGGAUUCUUGCGUCGGUCUUUUAGUUUCAAAGAUAUAAGUAAGCAGAGGGAAAAAGAUAGAUCGAGGGAGAAGUUGGUGGCGAUGAAAAAUUCCGAAUGGGCUUCGUCGUUGCAGUCAUUAGUCGAAACGGACAUUGCAAUUAGUUACAAUGAUCUUAGUUUCAUCAAUUAUGAUUUUCAAAACGAGGUUACUUACCGAAAGGCUGUGUCUUUCUCGGCACCAUCCAGUAAGGGAUUGUCUAGGGCGCAGAGCUUCAUUGAUAAUAGCACUUCGCCCUCCCAUCGCAAAUCAAGUCUUUCACGAGGAGUGUCGUUUCCAAACCAUUAUCAGUCAUCCUUAGAACUGCACGACUCUGGUACAAUAUCUCUUCCAUCUUUACACCCUUUCAAUCGAGAAAAUGAUGGCCUUUCAACUGAAACCUUGGAUCGGUCCCAAAAAUAUCGCAGGAGACCCUCGAGUAUCUGUUCGGAAGACGGUAGUAAAUCCAGACCCCUCGGAAAUGGAAGCUUUAAAGUCGGCGGAAACGGUUGUGCCAAGCUGAAGCGACAUAAUGCUUGCAGACAGAAAAGUCGCGAUAUUAUUUCUGUGAGUGAAGACCCCAAAUACGUCUUGGAGGAUAACGUAAGUAGCACAUUUUCAUUUGUUCUGUUUACUUACGACGUAUUUUUUUGACCUAUUAAACCGAAA